ACAAAAUAUAAUUCCUCCCAUGAAUGAUUUUUUUAAGCUUUGUUGAGUUGAGCUUCAGAAGAAAGAAAAUUAUAAUACAUACGUGCAUCUAGUUCUGUAAAAUCUGAAAUAUGGAUGAUCCAGAUCUAGAGAAAAUAAGGCAGCAACGUAUUGCUCAGUUACAGGCACAACAUGGCGGUGGUGACCCUAAUCAAGUCAAGGCACAGGAGGAACGCAUGCAGGCAAUGGAAGAAGCAAAACACACCAUACUUGCACAAGCACUAGAUCAAAAUGCAAGAGCCAGACUAAACACAAUCAAAAUCAGCAAGCCAGAGAAAGCAGGUAUGGUGGAAAAUAUGAUCUGCAGAAUGGCCCAAAUGGGACAAGUUCAGAGUAAAAUCUCUGAACAAGAACUCAUACAACUUUUGGAAUCUAUCAACCAGCAGAUGCCCAAAACAAACAGCUCAGUGAAAUUUGAUCGAAGAAGGGCAGCUAUUGAUUCAGAUGAUGAUGACAUUUAGCAGACUUCUACAUGUAGGCAAACCAAAUGAUGGUGUACUCUGACAUCAUUUUAAUGGCACUACUGUCUGGAUGGAAAAGGCAUCAGGAAAAAUAAUUCCUCUCUCAACAGCCUCUUGAUUUCCAGUUGGAGUUUAGCAUUUGGUUUCAUAAUAGCUUUAUUUAAGUUUAUACAAUUACCUAAUGCCUUAAUUAAAACACUAAUAUUUUAUUAUUAAAUAGUUUGUUUUAAAUACAACUCAUAAGCUUUGACAGUGGCUGGUGGUAAAAACCUUGAUCUUUGGCUUUUCCAAGUAUUAUCAUAACAUUUUUUAAAUUAAUAUUGUAUGUUGAACUGAUUAUGUAGGUAUAUUUUUAAAAUCAUACCUGUAAGAAAUAGUUCGAGUUGUUGACACCACUGACUGGUUUUAUUACUUUUUUUUGUCUAUACCUCUUCAAGCUUAGUUACAUCACUGGGAAAUUACUUCAACAAAAACUAAAACAUAAAAUAUCUGUUUAAUAAAAAUCAUGAAACUAA